AUGCCUCGGCCAGGCAAGAACUCCUACAGUGACCAGAAACCUCCCUACUCCUACAUCUCCCUGACUGCCAUGGCCAUCCAGAGCUCUGCCGAGAAGAUGCUGCCUCUCAGCGACAUCUACAAGUUCAUCAUGGACCGUUUCCCUUACUACCGAGAAAACACCCAGCGCUGGCAGAACUCCCUGAGGCACAACCUGUCCUUCAACGACUGCUUCAUCAAGAUCCCGCGUCGGCCGGACCAGCCGGGAAAGGGCAGCUUCUGGGCCCUGCACCCGGACUGCGGGGACAUGUUCGAGAACGGCAGCUUCCUCCGCCGGCGAAAACGCUUCAAGCUGAUGCGCGCCGAGCACGCGGCCUGCAAGAACACGCCCGUGCUGCACUCGUACCACCAUCACCAGCAGCACCAUCAUCACCACCAUCACGUCCAUCACCCGGGCAAACUGGGAAUGGGACCCCCGGAGUACCUCGGCGCCGUGGGACGCCUCUCGCACUUCCAGAGCUACGCCUUCGGCGGGGGCCAGGCAGGCGGCUUCAAACACCCUUUCGCCAUCGAGAGCCUCAUCGGGCGAGACUACAAGGGCGUGAUGGCGGGCGGUUUACCCAUAGCCUCCGUCAUGCACCACCUGGGUUACCCAGUGCCAACGCAGCUCGGCGGCGUGGUCAACUCGGUCUGGCCCCACAUGAGCGUGCUCUCCGAGUCGGUGGGGAGCAUGCCCGUGUCGUCCGAGUACUCGUCCUUCGGGGUGCCCGUGAAGGGACUGUGCCCCCACCCGGGCGGCCAGACCAUGCCUGCCGUCCCGCUCCCCAUUAAACCCACUCCUACCCUGGGCACCGCCGUGCCCUCUUUGCCCCUGUCGGCUGCUCCAGCCCAACUCUGCUCCGGAGCUCCGUCCGUGAUGGAGAGAAGCACCACAGAACUGACGGAGGGGAAAAAUGGAUCACUGCACCCUUCCCUUUUGCUAUAG